CAUUAGGAAGCCAAGCAAGCAGCCCCCUGCAGUUUCUUAUUAACAAGCUGACCAAUCACAAGAGGAGAAUUCUCAAGAACAACUCACCAAGUCACCAUUUCCCUCCAUAUCCUAUAUAUAUUUUCUCUCUCUACCAUUUAUUCUCCCCAUUAUUAUUGAUAUUAUUUUAUUCAAUCUCCAUCUGGAUGCGUGUGUGUGACUUGUGAGAGAGAUAUAAGGUUCCGCAGCAAUUUGCUCCUCUCCCAAGCACAGUCCAAGAACUGCUCCCCCGAAAAAGAUCGUAUUUUUCCCUCGAUUCAGCCGGUUUCUGUCCGGAAAAUCGCUGCUGGAGAUCUCGGAGAAUCGGAGAGCUCGCAGUUUUUGCUCCAUUUGGCGUCGUAUCUGCCUCGGGAGCGGAGAAAGGAGCGGCCUUUCGAGCUCCGGGGGGGCCGUCUGGAGAAGGUGAGAGGGGACGCGGCGGCGGCGGCGGCGGCGGCAGCUCUAGGGCGCUCGAGGAGGACGGUGAUGCCGGCAGCUGGCUCGGUUUGAGGAAGAGUCCGCCUCUGUGGUUUUGAGGACGCCGGCGGCGGCGCCGGCGGGGAUGGAGCCCAGCGAGGAGCUACUGAAGAAGAUCCGGGAGCUGGAGGUUGGGCAGGCGCAGCUCAAGCAGGAGAUGUCUAAGCUAAUACCCGGCGUCGGGGAGCGGCGGCGCUCGCAGCCGGUCUCGCCGCGCCGCGGCGUGCCGGUGCCGCCGCCACCGCCGCCUUCGAAGGGGACGCCGCCGGGGAGGCGCCCGUCCGGGGGGGUCGAGGGCGGCCCACGGGCGUGGGCCCGGGGGUCGGCUUCGUUCCCGCACUCGUCCCCGCUGCAGAAGGAGGGCCGCGCCACGGGCUCUGGAGACGCUAGCACCAGCGCUAGGCUGCCUGAGAGGCAGUACUCCAGGGUUCUGCAGUCGCUGGGGCAGUCCGUCCACAUUCUGGACCUCGACGGGAGGAUCAUAUACUGGAAUCAGUCUGCAGAGAAUCUGUUUGGCUAUCCUGCAUCUGAAGCCCUUGGUCAGGAUGCCCUCAUGCUUCUGGUUGAUUCCCGUGACCACAAUGUGGUACAUGACAUCUUUCGACGUAUUUCUAUGGGUGAAAGUUGGACUGGGAAGUUUCCAGUUAAAAACAGGGGUGGAGAUAGGUUUUCAGCUAUUGCCACCAACACGCCUUUCUAUGAUGAGGAUGGCAGUUUGGUGGGUAUCAUUUGUGUUUCAAGUGAUUCCCGCCAAUUGGAGCAGAUAUUUUGUAGGCCUCCAACUCCUGCAAGGCCACAACCAGAAUCGUCUAGGACAUCUUGUGAUGGUAGUUGCAGCAACAGCAGUCGCAUAACCAACUUGUUGAACAGAAGUACUUUUGAUCCUCAUCAACCCCUGCAAAGCACUUUAGCGUCUAAGAUAACAAAUUUGGCUACCAAGGUCACAAAUAAAGUUCGUUCUCGGGUCAGGACAGAUGAGAAUGGCAUAGAACGGGAAGGUGGCAGUGGUGAGAGUCAGUGCUCUGAUCGUGGUGCCAAGGAAGAACCAACGUCUAGCGGAACAACUACUCCAAGAGGGGAUGCGCCUCGUGGCCCCUUUGCUAUGGAGCACUCGCCUGGGAAAUCAACCAACCCAAACAGUGAUGAAUCAGGUGAAGGAAAAGUAGGGUUACACAGGAUUUUGAGUUCAAAGGCAGAGGCACUGCUGAACAAGAAAGGGAUAUCAUGGCCUUGGAAAGGGCGGGAGAAUGAGGGACCUGAUGAAAGAAAUCAUGUGAUAUUGCCAUGGUUGCAUGGUGACCAAGAGAAUGGCCCGAAUCAUCGGAAGGUUUCUGAUUCUAGCAUAGCUCCAGAUGCCCAAGGUGCUGAACACAACCAGCCUAGCAAAAAUGAGGCGUCAGGUUCCUGGUCCUCUUUCAACAAUAACAGCACAAGCAGUGCAAGCAGCACUGGAAGCACUAACAGCAGUGCUCUCUACAAAGUAGAUCAUGAAGCGGAUUGUCUGGAUUAUGAGAUCCUGUGGGAAGACCUUGUCAUUGGAGAACAAAUAGGUCAAGGUUCUUGUGGGACAGUGUAUCAUGCUUUGUGGUAUGGUUCGGAUGUGGCUGUUAAAGUUUUCUCCAAGCAAGAAUAUUCAGAAGAUGUGAUACAGGCCUUUCGGCAAGAGGUAUCCCUUAUGAAGAAACUGCGCCAUCCUAACAUUCUACUCUUCAUGGGUGCGGUUACAUCUCCACAACGCCUAUGUAUUGUAACAGAGUUUCUCCCUCGGGGAAGUUUGUUUCGCUUACUUCAAAGGAGCGGUACUAAGUUGGAUGUGAGACGGCGCAUUCACAUGGCUUUAGAUAUUGCAAGGGGCAUGAAUUAUCUUCACCAUUCCAGCCCACCUAUCAUACAUCGAGAUUUGAAAUCAUCUAAUCUUCUGGUUGAUAAGAACUGGACUGUGAAGGUGGCAGACUUUGGCCUUUCACGUCUCAAGCGCGAAACUUUUCUGACAACAAAAACUGGGAAAGGAACACCGCAAUGGAUGGCACCAGAGGUGUUGCGGAAUGAACCUUCAGAUGAGAAGUCUGAUGUGUAUAGCUAUGGGGUGAUCCUGUGGGAACUUGUUACGCAGAAGAUACCAUGGGAAAAUUUGAACUCGAUGCAGGUCAUUGGUGCAGUUGGUUUCAUGAACCAAAGGUUGGAUAUUCCGAGUGAUGUGGAUCCACAAUGGACAUCAAUUAUCCUAAGCUGUUGGGAAAGCGACCCACAGCAGCGCCCAUCAUUUCAAGAACUUCUGGAGAGGCUCCGAGAGCUGCAAAGACAUUACGCCAUCCAGCAGCGGAAUGCAAAGAACAGCAUCGAGGAGUGAAGAUUGCAACUCCCAGGGUCACUUGCUAAAGCGAGUAAGUGAUUAGGCGAGAUGGUAUUUUGGCCGACAGUGCCACAGAGGCAUGUCAGAUCUCGAGAAGGGUUUGAGACCUCCUGUAUGGUUUUGCUCCCUGGAAUAGCUAAGGCUGGGAACUUGUACAGAUGAGGUACCUUCGGUUUUGUUGAGUUCACCCCCAGGGUGAUUGUGACUGAAAUUCCUGAGUCCUGACAGCAAGAUUAGGGUAGUGAUGGAGCUCGGGCAGGUUGGUGCCUUGGGUCCUGAUUGGUGGAGAUGCGUGGUUAUCUGAAUUUGUGGCAAGGACAUGACGUGUAGAUUGUGCUGACAACAGUGGUGUAGUGCAUACAUGUGGUCGAUUGUGAUCAUGCGUGAACUGGAAUAGAAGUUGUAAAAUCAGCAUUUUUUGGUUGGCGCCGUCGGUCGAUUUUCGGCCUUUGCAUUGUGUCUGGAAUAUUUUGCUGUUCUCAGACUUUUAGCACUGGGCUUGCUUAGUGCCUGCAUUCUCUGAAUCUUCAUGUGGUUCUGU